AGUCCACAGCUUAGCAAAGAAAUGAAGUCCAUCUUUGCAUUGUUUGUAGUCUUCUCUCUUCUUUUGGUUGUUAACCUUAGCUAUGCAAGAAAAGACCCGGGUGACUAUUGGAAGAAUGUGAUGAAUGGCCAACCUAUGCCUGAAGCAAUUAAAGACCUUAUUCAAGUUCCACAGGUAUCAGAUGCAGGAAAAGAUCACUUUAUUAGGGACUUUGAUAUAAAGCCUAAUAUCAUAUUAUAUCACACUCAUGUUGAGUCCAAGCAGCAGAAGCAGAAGGCAUUUGACCAGAAAUUUGAACCAGCCUCAGGGAACCAUCAAAAAGGGUUGAAGAUGUUAGAAAUAAUAACUAGAAAAUAGAGUCAUGCAUGUAUGUAGUCA